AGAUUUUGCAAGCUGGAAAGGAAGCCUCUGCCAGUCAGGGAUUGAGCUGGGGGGUUAGAUGCACCUCCACAACUAAUCCCAACCCUACUCCUUAGGAGUCAAGCAAUUCCAGUCCCAAGCUUUUCUGCUUAUUCCUGGCAUCUGAAGGACAGGACAAGAAUCUGCCUCCUUAACCAAAAACAAAUGCUUUCCAGAUGUGUAAGCAGCUGUUGCUGGGGAGCAGAGAGGAACAUGGUCCUAAGCCAGGUCCCUGGGACCUAGGGGAUGUAGAACUACAGCCAGAUGGUGGGUUUUGCAGACCAGCAUAUAUAGCCAGGAAUGAAGCAACCCAAGGAACAAAGAACUCUUCAUGUUUCCACUGAGGGUCCUGCUAAUUCCCCUACUUCUCCACCACUCUUCACUCCAGGCCUGCUUGUAGCUGGGCUCGGCAGGAAUGCCUUUCUCUGGUGGGUCACCCAGUGCCACCCAGGAUCCCUACUAUUGCUGGCAGGGACAUGAAUUUCUUUUCUGCAGCAUCAGAUUAUAGGUAUAUUUUCUUGUGGUUGCUCUUCUGGUUUUGCCCUGGUAGCCAUGGAAAGGGUUAACCCAGAGGGCCGUUCAUAAGGUCAGGUUACUUCCCCUUAAAAACAUGGAGAAGUUUCCUAUUGAGAUGGGCUGGGGGAUAGGAGGAGUCUAGUGAGUGUGGGUGUCAGCUACUCCUUUGCAGGGGAGGGCUGGGUCUUGGCCUGGCUCAGAAGACCUAAGAGUGAGUUCAGGGGGGGAGGACAAGGUGCUGGGACCACAGCAGCAGCAACAGCUGGAAGAGGAAACAUGGAUGUGAACAACCACAGCUGGAGACGGGAAGGAGAUCUGUCCAGCAACAGCUUGGAAACCUUUGGAGAGUGAAGAUUGCCAUGGCUGGAUGGCUAGAGUACACUGCUGAAAAUGGACGUCAUCCUGCUUUAUGCAUCAGCCCACCUUUCAGGGCCUGUGUGCUGUUGACCAAUCACUUUGCCUUUCUCCCUUCUCUGGAGCCCGAGGGAAAGUGUGGACCUGAACCAUUGAACGUGACCUUCGCCUGUCUCAGCCUGGUUAAUUUUUACCUCCUAAAGCUGUUCAUGGGCCUCCCCUUACCCUGCUACAUAAAAGCCCAGGACAGGUGCUACAGACCUCUCCUCUGAGAAUUUCCCCCAGAUCCCUGCUCUCCCAUAUCCAGUCCCCCUUCAUCUCCAUCCCCCACCCCCUCACACUGCCGCCAUGGCCAAAGGCUUCUUCAUCUCCAAGACACUGGGCAUCGUGGGUAUCCUUUUUGCUGUAGCAGCUAUAUGCACUGUCAUUGCCUUGUCAGUCCUAUACUCAGAGGAGAAGAAUAAAAAUGUGCAGGGACCAGAAAACCCCACCAGCCAAAUUCCCACCAUGGCCACCACGGCCCCCCAGGCCCCCACGGCCCCCCAGGCCCCCACGACCCUGGAUCCAAGCAUAGCCUGGAACAGAUACCGGCUGCCAAAGUCGCUGAUUCCUGACCAUUACACUGUGAAGCUGAGGCCGAAUCUGACCAAGGAUGACUGGGGCCUAUACAUCUUUUGGGGUGAGAGCACUGUUCGCUUCCUUUGUAAAGAGCAAACCGAUGUCAUUAUCAUCCACAGCAAUAAACUCAACUAUACAAUGAAGGAUGGCCACCAUGUGAGUCUGAAGGGGCUAAAUGACUCCCAGCCCCCCCAAAUUGAUAGGACUGAGCUGGUGAUACCAACCCAGUAUCUGGUUGUGCAUUUGAAAAAUAAACUGGUAGUUGGCCAUUACUAUGAGAUGGAGAGUACCUUUGUUGGAGAGCUGGCUGAUGACCUGGCUGGCUUUUACCGCAGCGAGUAUACCGAAGAUGGAGUAAACAAGGUGUUGGCCACGACACAGAUGCAAGCAGCUGAUGCCCGUAAAUCCUUCCCAUGCUUCGAUGAGCCAGACAUGAAGGCUACCUUUGACAUCGCACUGAUCCACCCCUCUGACCAUAAAGCCAUCUCCAACAUGCCUCCCAAAUCUUCUGUUAAACAAGGUGAUAACUGGACCAUCACUCAGUUUCAAACCACCCCAAGGAUGUCCACUUAUCUUUUGGCUUAUAUCGUUUGCCAGUUUGAAGCAGUGGAGAAAGAGGAAAAUGAUAAACAGAUCCGAAUCUGGGCCCGUCCCAAAGCAAUCGAGGCAGGACAUGGACAAUAUGCCUUGAACGUCACAGGCCCCAUCCUUACAUUUUUUGCAAAUCAUUACAACACAUCCUAUCCAUUGCCCAAGUCUGAUCAGAUAGGCCUGCCAGACUUCAAUGCUGGAGCCAUGGAGAACUGGGGCCUCGUGACCUACCGGGAGAAUUCACUGCUAUUUGAUGAGUUAUCCUCCUCCAUUAGCAACAAGGAGCGAGUGGUUACAGUGAUUGCCCAUGAACUUGCCCACCAGUGGUUUGGCAACCUGGUCACUGUGAAAUGGUGGAAUGACCUGUGGCUGAAUGAAGGCUUUGCUUCCUACGUGGAGUACCUGGGGGCUGACUUUGCUGAGCCUUCCUGGAACUUGAAAGACCUCAUAGUGCUGAAUGACGUGCACCGAGUGAUGGCUGUUGAUGCCCUGGUCUCUUCCCAUCCACUGUCCACCCCUGAAGAUGAAAUCAACACCCCAGCCCAGAUCAGCGAGCUCUUUGAUUCUAUCACCUACAGCAAGGGAGCCUCAGUUCUUCGGAUGUUGUCCAGUUUCCUUACAGAAGACCUCUUCAAAACAGGCUUGUCAUCCUACCUGCAUGCCUUUUCUUACAAUAAUACAGUCUACCAGGAUCUAUGGGAUCACCUUCAACAAGCUGUGGAUGGACAGACUGCUGUGAAAUUGCCUGCUUCUGUACAAAACAUCAUGGAUCGGUGGAUCCUCCAGAUGGGCUUUCCUGUUCUGAAACUGGACACGACCACUGGUGUUCUCUCUCAGCAACACUUCCUGCUAGACCCCACCUCCAAUGUCACUCGUCCCUCCCAAUUUAACUACCUGUGGAUAGCGCCUGUCUCUGCAGUUAAAAGUAGAGGAGAAAGUUAUUCUGGAUGGCUUAAUGGAAAUCAGUCAGCUAUUUUUGACCAGCUUAAAGUAACAAAUGAUAGUGAUUGGAUACUCUUGAACAUCAACAUGACUGGUUAUUACCUGGUGAACUAUGAUGAUAGAAAUUGGAAGCAACUUCAGAAUGAGCUACAAACUAAUCCUGCUAGCAUUCCAGUCAUUAACAGGGCUCAGAUCAUCCACGAUGGCUUUAACCUAGCCAGGGCCAAAUAUGUCCCAACAACCCUGGCUCUGGAAAACACACUCUUUUUGGAAAAGGAAGUGGAAUACAUGCCCUGGCAGGCUGCCCUCAGCAGCCUUAGCUACUUUCAGCUCAUGUUUGAUCGAUCAGAAGUGUACGGCCCCAUGAAGAACUAUCUGAAGAAACUGGUUACUCCAUUAUUUGAUCAUUUUAAAAAUAUCACCAAUGAUUGGACUGGCCGUCCUCCCACCCUGACGGAACAAUACAAUGAGAUCAAUGCUAUUAGCACAGCCUGCUCUAAUGGUGUGGAUGAAUGUGGGGACCUGGCCUCAAAACUCUUCAACCAGUGGAGGAAUAACCCCUCAAACAAUCCGAUCCACCCUAAUCUGAGAUCUACCAUUUACUGCAAUGCCAUUGCCAGAGGUGGAGAAGAAGAGUGGGAAUUUGCCUGGAACCAGUUCCUCAAUGCUACACUGGUAACAGAGGCUGAUAAGCUUCGCUCAGGACUGGCCUGCAGCAGAGAUGUGUGGAUCUUACAUAGAUACCUGUCUUACACUCUGGAUCCCACGCUGAUCCGGAAACAGGAUGCAACCUCUACCCUAAUCAGCAUCUGCAGCAAUGUGAUUGGGCAAAGUCUGACCUGGGACUUUGUUCGAGCCAACUGGAAGAAGCUAUUUGUGGAUUACGGUGGUGGCUCCUUCUCCUUCUCCAACCUAAUCCAGGGAGUGACUCGGAGGUUUUCCACAGAGUUUGAACUACAACAGCUUGAACAAUUCAAACAGGAAAACAUGGAUAUCGGCUUUGGUUCAGGAACCCGGGCCCUGGAGCAGGCUCUGGAGAAGACCAGGGCCAAUAUAAAUUGGGUGAAUGAGAACAAGGCACUUGUGUUGGAGUGGUUUAAAGAGCACAGUAAAUAGGCUUGCAGUGUUUCCCUGUGUGACCAGUGCUGAGGAGUGUGUCUCUCUCUCUCUGAAGGCCUGAGCCUAAUCAGAAGUGGGGUGAGGGACACACCAUUCUAAAAAUUUUCCUGGGCCCUCUUCCCUUCCUCCAUCCUCAGGCUUAUAAUACCAUUCUUGAUACUUGCCAUUAUGUGUUCCUCCGCUUUUCCUCAUGCCAGGCCCGCUUAGUAUUGACAGAAUCUGAAAAAAGCCCAGGUCCUGGGUGGUAUCAUGGACUCAUCUUACCAGGGAGGCUUUGCUCCAGGGCUAAUCUCAGGGAAGCCCAUGUUCCAUGGGCUGAAUAACUCAGAUAGGAAGUACAGCCUUUCUCUGGCUGUCAUCCCUUCUCCCUUCCCUUCACCUUGAAAGUCCUAACAUCUGAGAAAUCAAUGGGGAAAGUAUCUGUAUAUUUUUUUCCAAAGGAAAAUGUAAAUAAAUGAUUUCUAGAUGAA